UACCAAAACAAUGCACAUUAAUUUUUUCCAUUCUAAACCCACUAUAUAUACUUCUUCUCACCUCGCUCUUUCCCUCAACUCAAAACAAACAGUACUUUAAAGAUCAGUUCUAUUUCGUCUUCUUCCCUCACAACACUCCUACCAAACUUCCUUUGGUUUCCAAUAACAUAAUGGUAACUUUGGUCCCAACUGUUGGAGCUGUCAACUUGGCACCGUUGAAAUUGAAUGGCUAUAGCAAUGGAACUCCUUUGACAAGCUCAGCAUUCUUUGGAACUGGCUUGAAGAAAGUGAGUUCUGUGAUUCCCAGCCAGAGGAAUUUCAAGGUUUCUGCACAAAUUGAAUAUGAUGAGGAGAAGCAAACCUCAAAGGACAGAUGGGCUGGACUUGCCUAUGACAUUUCAGAUGACCAGCAAGAUAUUACAAGAGGGAAAGGAAUGGUGGACACUCUCUUCCAAGCUCCCAUGGAAAGUGGGACUCACUAUGCUGUCAUGAGUUCCUAUGAUUAUAUCAGUGCUGGUCUUCGCCAGUAUAAUUUGGACAACACCAUGGAUGGCUUCUACAUUGCUCCUGCAUUUAUGGACAAAGUUGUUGUUCACAUCACCAAGAACUUUCUAAGCUUGCCAAAUAUUAAGGUUCCUCUUAUUUUGGGUGUUUGGGGAGGCAAAGGUCAGGGAAAAUCAUUUCAAUGUGAGCUUGCCUUUGCAAAGAUGGGAAUCAACCCUAUCAUGAUGAGUGCUGGAGAAUUGGAAAGUGGAAAUGCUGGGGAGCCUGCAAAGUUGAUCCGGCAGAGAUACCGCGAGGCUGCAGACAUCAUCAGAAAAGGAAAGAUGUGCUGCCUCUUCAUCAAUGAUCUUGAUGCAGGAGCUGGUCGUAUGGGCGGAACCACACAAUACACAGUGAACAACCAGAUGGUGAAUGCUACCCUCAUGAACAUUGCUGACAACCCAACCAAUGUCCAACUUCCUGGCAUGUAUAACAAGGAGGAGAAUCCCCGUGUCCCCAUCAUCGUCACUGGUAAUGACUUCUCAACAUUGUAUGCUCCUCUCAUCCGUGAUGGUCGAAUGGAAAAAUUCUACUGGGCACCGACUAGGGAAGACAGAAUUGGUGUCUGCCAAGGUAUUUUCAGAACAGAUGGUAUUCCCACCGAUGACAUUGUCAAGCUUGUUGACACCUUCCCUGGCCAAUCUAUUGACUUCUUUGGUGCCUUGAGGGCUAGAGUUUAUGAUGAUGAAGUGAGGAAGUGGAUUUCUGGUGUGGGAGUGGAGAAUGUUGGGAGAAGGCUUGUGAACUCUAAAGAAGGACCUCCAACUUUCGAGCAACCAAAGAUGAGUAUUGAGAAGCUCCUAGAGUAUGGAAACAUGCUUGUGAAAGAGCAAGAGAAUGUGAAGAGGGUUCAAUUGGCUGACAAAUACCUCAAAGAGGCAGCUCUUGGAGAUGCAAAUGAAGAUGCCAUCAACACUGGAAACUUCUAUGGACAAGGAGCUCAGCAUGUUCAUGUUCCUAUCCCUGAAGGUUGUACUGAUCCUGCUGCUGAAAACUAUGAUCCAACAGCUAGAAGUGAUGAUGGAAGCUGCACAUACAAAUUUUAGGUGAUUUUGAGUAGAUACAUAGAGAGAUUUGGGAAGUAUCUAAAAGAAUGCUACUUACUGUGGAAUGUGGAUUAGUAUUCGCUUUUUUAUGUAAGGUGCAUUAAUAUGAACUUUUCAGUUGUACACUUUGUGUGAAUUCUGGUGUAACCCAUGGUUGGGUUUUAUUGAGUGACAUCUUGUAGAUAUCAUUAUUGCCAGCA